GCAGUCUUCAUCCGAACCCCACGUUAGAUACUGAAAUGACUUCAAACGUUCAACGUCUCCCAGCUUUCAUCUCAAAAACACUCAAACAUCGUCGAGUCAUCUUACUUCGCAUCAUGAUAAUAAGCUGAUCGUCAUCAAGAUAUCGCCGUAUGAUAUGGCCUGAUAAAAUCUCAUGUCUGAGGCAUCUUCUCCAUCUGGUCAACCGCGUAUGCCAAACCCACGAAUAAACCAUAAAACACAUUAUGAUGACCUUGAUUCAACAAGUCACAUAUCCAACUGUCGACGAUGACCCAUCACCGAGUCUCAGGACGCAGGUUCCCGAGUUGGGAUGGAAGAAAUGGUGUUUGGUUCGCUGCCAUCCGACCAGGCCCUAGAAUUUUGCGCGUUAGGAAAGGCAAAGACAUUGGAUCAGCUGAAAGCCUUCUAUUUAAACCACGUAUCUGCACAGGAGAUUCACGAAUAUUCGCCCGACACGUUGAGGGAGCUCAAGAUGCUGCCCAAACUGCCAUUUGAGACGCUCACUCAAAUUUUCAGUCACUUCACUCUCACCCUGCCUAGCAAGAGCGAUAAUGAGAACGAGGACAGCGAACUGGCUCGCUACCUUCAAAGUCGCCGGACUUUGCGGGCUCUUUGCAUCGUCUGCUCCCGUUGCCGGGCUGUGGCCUCCCCAAUGCUUUACCACACCGUCAUCCUCCAUGACGCCGCAGCAUUACCCUUCUUCACGCGGACCCUUCUAGAGGAUCCUCAGGCAGGCAACAUUUAUCAAGAAAGAGACCUUUUCAACUGCGUCGAACCAGGCCUUUGGGCGGAUUUGGGACAAUGGCUCUUCGGUGAAGCUGCGCUCGCCAGCGACAUAUGGGAUAAUGACAUGCUUCCGGUUCAAAUCAGAAAGAGAAAGUCGCGUACCACAAGGCUCGUUAACGACCUGAAACGGGAUUUGUGCAAAUGGUCUGGGAAGAGAACGGCUGACGCCCGCCCGCCCAUGCAUGAACUCAUACAAGGACUUCUCUACUGCAUCCUCCGAGAGACGCCUCAAGUACAACGAUUGCUAUUGCAGUUUCCGCCUGUUUGGGGAUUUAAGCAGAAUUGCUUUGCCAGAUUCCGGAAACUUCAUACUAAUAAUACAUCAUCCUCGCCGAAUUUCUAUUCGUCUCUAGUCAGCCUCGUGUUGGCUUUAAAUUCAAAAGCCCUAGAUUCGACUUUUAACCCUUUACGCGAAAAUAUUAAGAGUAUCCGUUACCUAUACUUAUUAGAUACAGAGUUGCAACCCCGAACAUUCGGUUCUAUGCUCCUCAAGAUCCCUCAAAAUCUUACCUCUUUUCCCGAGCUUCUAAAUUUUCUAACCGAGAAACUACUAACGUUGUCCGAGGUAUUGCUUCUGAAGGGUAGCGAACUUCGGGAAUUCAGUCUUAUCCUCUGUUAUACCCACUGUUUCCGAAAUUUUAUUGGCUUAGGCAAGCGUCUUACUAGCCUUCCAACCUUGGACCGGCUGGAAAAGCUGACGAUCCAGAUGCAUCUCCUUUUUGGGGACACUCGUGGAUUCUCAGCCAAUCUUCUGUUGAAUAUCCUCGACGAAUGGGAAAUGGAUGUCGCUGAGCGUGAGCUGUGGCUGACCCGAUACGUGUAUCAUUACGAGGAGGUCGAGCACGACCCCAUCAAAGGCUGGAUCGAGAGGCAGGCGUAUGAUGAUGACAGAAAUGGCGAAAGGCACUUCUAUCAUGUUCGACACGAUCAUCCAGUUCAUGACGAGUCUUUUUAUAUCGACGCCCAGAAGAGAAUCGAGCUGUAUUCAGAGUAUCGCAUGAAGGUCAAAGCGAUGUUGUUAGAUCUAGCUGCUCAAUGCGACGCUGGUAAGAUCGCCUGUCAGUUGCAGAGAGCGAAUGGACAGCAGGAACGUGGGGGCCUCGCCAGCCUCCGUUCCAUCACAUUUCAGAUCGCGCCGAACAAGCCACUCAAGCUCAUCCCUGCAGACGAGGAUGACCGGUACGAUGGUGACUGGCCUCACAGGUUAGAAAUACCACCGGUAAAGGACUCGAUGGAGAAUACUAUUGCUGAAAUCAAGGCCGGCUCCUUCCUGUGCUGGAUCCCCUACCGUUGGACAAACCUUGAGUUGCUCGAGGAGAACUUUGGAAUGAAGGACAGGGAGAUGAGCGUACGCUACAUCCGAGAUGUUGUUCCGCAUUCUGAAGAUGAGAGUGACGACGAAAGCGAAAUCGAGGAGACGGAUGAAGAGAAUGAGAGUGCUGGCAGAGAAGAAAUCGGUGAUGAUGACGAGAACGAUGGAGACAGCGAGGGCAACGAGGAUGACGAAGGUGAGGACGAUGAGGAUGAUGACGAGGAUGGCGGAGAUGGCGAAGGUGAGGAGGGCGACGAGAAUGACGAGAAUGACGAGAAUGACGAGAAUGACGAGAAUGACGAGAAUGACGAGAAUGACGAGAAUGACGAAGGUGAGGACGAUGAGGAGGAUGGCGGGGAUGCCGGAGAUGGCGAAGGUGAGGAGGGCGACGUGGAUGAUGAGAACGAUGGAGACAGCGAGGGCGACAAGAAUAACGAUAAUGACGAAGGUGAGGACGAUGAGGAGGAUGACGAGAAUGACGAGGGCGACGUUGAUGACGGGAACAGCGAAUCCAGCGAGACCAGCGAAACCAGUAAGGAGCCAGACCCGCAGCUUCUCACUCUCUGGAAUACAUUCAGAGCGAUCCCCAGGGAACAUUUCAUGGAUGUCACUGCAGCUUUUGCGCGGUCUGGCGUUCAAUUCGAUUGCUUUGGCCCUGCCAGCGAGUGGAUCCUGGCUAUUCGAGACGCUGCGAAGGAUGAGGUCAAAGCAAAGGCACUCAGUCACGUUGUGGAGGAGGAGCUUUGA